CGGGAGGUGCGUGUCCAGCCCGGGACGGGAGCCCCAGGCCAGGGAGGGGCAGAGGCUGGGCCUGAGGCCUGGGCCGGCCACUGGGCUAGUACUCGGUAACUGCCGGAAGGAUGAAGACUUGUCUUUUAAGGAUGACAACGUGCACCAAAGGCCGGUCAACUGAUCUCCCCUACUGUGGGCCCACAGCACCUCUCAAACCCCACACUACCCACACUCUCUGUCUAGCUUGUGUCCCUAUCUCUUCUCUGAGGUCUGUCCUCAUUCUACUGGUCCCCAGGAAGUCCCAUUUCAGAGUCCCAUUUCUGUCUGGUGACAGUGUUUCCCUCCCUACGGUAACCUGUCCGGAGGCCCAUCUAACCAUCCUCAUCCCCAGCCUCACAUCCUUUCUCACCUUCUUCCUUCACGCGGGGGACCCUCUGCCUCUCCACCCCACCCCCAACCUCCUUUGUCUUGGUUUCCUGGUCUUGACUGCCUCCCUGUCCCCUCCCACACCCAUUCACCCACCAUCCUCCCAACCAUCCCAGCACCCUCCUUCCUAAUCUUGGGAGGCAUCUCAUCUGGCUGAACUGGAGAAUUCCGGGAUCUAGGCCAUCCUCCUUAGCUGACAGCCCCAUCCUUGGGAGGAGGAGCAGAAGGGGAAGAACUGAGGUGGGGGUGAUGGGAACAAGGUCAGGCCAGGAGGCCCCUGAGGACAGAGACUGUGAGGAGACUGGGAUUGAGGGGAAAGCAAAGGAACUAGAGCCAGGGCCGAAGGAAGAGGGGGGCCAGCAGGAGGUAUUUGCGGGGGAGGUUCAGCAGCUGUCUUCCCUAAGACAGGGACACAUGGGCCUGGUUAUUCUUCUUGUCACAUAUGGAGUGGUAGGAGAUGGAAGAGGGAGAAAGACAGGGCAAGUGCAGGAGAGCUUGGGCACAGAGUUAAGUGGCCUUAGCUGUCUGAGCUGCUGGGCCCUGAGCUCAGCCUCACCCCCACCCCCUCCCUACCACCACCACCACAAACAGCCCUCACCGUGCAGUCCUCUCAAAUUGUCCAAACGCUUUCCCCACAACACUGACCAAUGACAGCGUCAUUCUCUAAAAUGGGCAAUACCCACAUUCCCACUGGGAAAGGGGAAAUAAGACAUGACUCCGAGAGGGUUAUAGGAAAGAAAAGCAGAAAAGCAAGAGCCCUAAUGGAUUUCAACAGCAGGUGAAAAGAAAUUUAGCCAGUCAAGAACUGAAAAACCCACCAAUAUAUCUAAAACCAGCACCAGACCUUUGUGACUCUUCCCCAGGAACAAAAAUGUCCUGCCCGAUUCCUCCUAGAAAAAAACCCUGUUCCCCUCUCAUCUCCUUCCCCAGCCAGGUCCCAGGUUUCCCAUCUCCUAGAAAAAGAUGGAUCCCUCUGUUCAAAUCCUCUGUGUGGUGUGCGUGGGUGGAAGAGCUGGGCUCCGCGUGGACCAUGGUCCAGGCAGGGGCUCCAUGUUCAGUGCGGGUGAGGAGAAGGCGUCACUUCCGGGGGCCUUCGCCAGUGUCUGGUAGCUCCCUUCUCUGAUUGGGCAGAAGUGGCCUGGGCAGGCGUGUGACCUACUGCUGUGGAGGGGCUGUGCCCCAACACUACAUGUCUUCCUACCCAUCUGCACCCCAGAGGGCUGCCUGCUGUGCACCUGGGUCCUGGAGCCCUUCUCCACCCGGAUAGAUUCCAGACCCUCUUCCUCAGCCCACCUGUGCCCCACAGUGCAAGAAGUGCAAGAGCCCAAGCCGCCUCCAUGGCCCCAGGAAGGAUUCAGGGGAGAGGCCCCAUCCAGGGAGCCACUCCAACCAGACAGCGUGGCCAGAAUGGAGCUGACUGAACUGCUCCUCGUGGUCAUGCUUCUCCUAACUGCAAGACUGAAUCUAUGCCUUCCGGCUCCUCCAGCCUGUGACCCCCGUCUCCUAAAUAAACUGCUUCGUGAUUCCCAUGUCCUUCACGGCAAAUUGAGCCAGUGCCCAGACGUUAACCCUUUGUCCACACCUGUCCUGCUGCCUGCUGUGGACUUUAGCCUGGGAGAAUGGAAAACCCAGAAGGAGCAGACCAAGGCACAGGACGUUCUGGGAGCCGCGACCCUUCUGCUGGAGGGAGUAAUGGCAGCACGGGGACAACUGGGACCCACCUGCCUCUCAUCCCUCCUGGGACAGCUUUCUGGACAGGUCCGCCUCCUCCUUGGGGCCCUGCAGGGCCUCCUAGGAACCCAGCUUCCUCCACAGGGCAGGACCACAGCUCACAAGGAUCCCAAUGCCAUAUUCCUGAGCUUCCAACAACUGCUCCGAGGAAAGGUGCGCUUCCUGCUGAUUGUAGUAGGGCCCACUCUCUGUGCCAAGCAGGCCCUGCCCACUACAGCUGGCCCAAGCAAUACCUCUGUAUUCCUCACACUACACAAGCUCCCAAACAGGACUUCUGGAUUUUUGGAGACAGACUCCCGUGUCUCAGCCAGAACUACUGGCUUUGGACUUCUGAAGAGGCUGCAAGGAUUCAGAGCCAAGAUUCCUGGUCGGCUGAACCAAACCUCCAGGUACCUAGACCAAAUCCCUGGACACGUGAACAGGACACACGGACCCUUGACUGGAACUCAUGGACUCUUUCCUGGACCCUCACCCAGGGCUCUAGGAGCCCCAGACAUCCUUCCAGGAACUUCAGACAUGAGCUCCCUGCCACCCGACCUCUGGCCUGGAUAUUCUCCUUCCCCAACCCAUCCUCCUACUGGGCAAUACACACUCUUCUCUCCUUCACCCACCUCACCCACUCCCCCGAUCCAGCUCCAGCCUCCACUUCCUGACCCCUCUGUCACACCCAACUCUGCCAGUCCUCUUCUAAUUGCACCCCACCCUCACUUCCAGAAUCUGUCUCAGGAGGAGUAAGGUACUAGGGCCCUGCCAGCUUCAGCACUGUCUCCCAUGUAAAGUUCCCUUACCCGGAGGGGAGGCCCUGGGAAUCAAGUUAUACCAGAUUUCCUGCUUUCACCUGAAACCCAAAGCCCUGCUAAAGCGGGAUACACAGGACAGAAAAGGGGAUCAUUUUUCACUGUAUAAUGUAAAACUUCAGAAGCUAUUUUUUUAAGCUAUCAAUAAUAUUCACUAGAGCGUCUA